AGAGUCGGGUAGCCCCGGCCGGCGGGUACCCUCGGUCAGUGCUAGUUACAGGAAAGUUCGCACACAUACAUGCACAAGUGUCACAUCCACACGACCGCAGCACCAUUUAGCCGUAUAUUCAUAUCAAACGCGCUGCGACUGAUGUGCGAACAACACGUGACAUUCGUUUGUUUAACAGUACCUAUACUUUUGUGUGCGCCGUUUACUUUUUGAGUGCGGUUAUUGGUUAUACAAUAUAAUGCCAAAAUUCAAAGGAAGGAUUACGCCUAGAGGAAAUUGGGACGAAAAUAAAAUGAAACAGGCUAUAAGAUGUGUACUGGAAAAAAAGAUAUCGGUGAGAGAAGCAGCUGAGAGAUAUGAUGUGCCGAGAAGCACCCUUCAGGAUCGGAUAAAAGCUGUCGGUAGUGGACAAGAAGCACAGUUCAAGCCAACACUAGGGAGAUAUGAACAUACCUUCUCAGAAAAUCAAUCACUGCAAUUAUAUAACCAUGUCAAAGACCUCGAUAAUCGCCUGAUGCCGCUGACCAAAGUAGAGUUUUUGAAAUUGGCAUUUCAAUUUGCAGAACGUUUAAAAAUACCUCAUAGGUUCAAUAAAGAAAAGAAAAUGGCCGGCAAAGAUUUUUAUUAUAGCUUCAUAAAGAAAUACCCAGAUAUUGCUCUCAGAAGUCCAGAGUCAACCAGCAUUGCAAGAGCCGUUGGGUUUAAUAAACCACAAGUCUAUCGGUUUUAUGAUCAGCUCCACCAACUACAAGAUAAAUACAAAUUCCCUGCUUCCAGAAUAUACAAUGCUGAUGAAACGGGGGUCUCCACUGUACACAAGAAUGAGAAAGUUAUUUCUACUAAGGGAAAAAAGCAAGUUGGCAAGUUGACUUCUGGUGAAAGAGGACGAAACAUUACAUUGAUGUUUGCUAUGAGCGUGUGCGGCCAUUUUAUACCUCCACUUUUUAUUUUCCCGAGGAAAAGGAUGGAUAAAAAUGGUCGUUUGAUGAUUGGAGCUCCACCAGAUAGCAUUGCUAUUCCACACGAAAGUGGUUGGAUGAAUGGUGAGAUAUUUUUAAUGUGGCUCCAGCAUUUCAAACAGCACGUACAGCCUUCGAAGGAGAACCCUGUCCUUCUGAUUCUCGAUGGACAUGGAAGCCAUAAAGAGUUGGCAGUGAUAGAAUUUGCUCGAGCUAAUCACAUCCAUAUGAUUAGCACUCCACCACACACAACACACAAGGUGCAACCUCUGGACAGGGUAUUUUUCAAGCCGUUUAAGUCUGCAUUUGGUUCAGCAAGCGCAAUGUGGAUGAGACAAAAUCCAGGGGCUAGGAUCACUGAUUAUGACAUCGCUGCUUUAGUCAAUUCAGCUUUCGUUAAGGCAGCGAGACUAGAAAUAGCACAGAAUGGGUUCAAAUGCACAGGGAUUUAUCCAUUCAAUAGGGAAAUUUUCAGUGAUUUGGAUUUUUUGCCAUCAUUGAUGACCAAUAUUGAACAGGAACCAGCUUUUUCUGAAGAGACAGUCGUGGGAUCACAGUUAUCAACUAGUUGCAAUCAGCAGAAAUCCAGAUGCUGCAAUCAACAGUCAUCCUCUAGUGGUACCCAGCAGCCAUCCACAAGCUGCACCCAGCAGCCAUCCACUAGUUGCACCCAGCAGCCAUCCACUAGUUGCACCCAGCAGCCAUCCACUAGUAGUAACCAGCAACCAUCUACCAGUCUUAUAUCACACCCAUCAGCCAGUGGCAAUACGCAGCCAUCAUUUAUGCCCGCAUCAACGUCAGAAAUUACAGAAUCAACUGCACCUGCUACUGUAAAUGAAUUGCUUAAGCAGUUGUCCCCUCUUCCCGAUGCAUCCAAGAGGCGUCUUGCAGCGCGUUCACGAAAAACACAAAAAAGUGAGAUUCUGACAUCUUCGCCCUUCAAAAAUGCGUUGGUAGAGAAAAAGGCUGCGACCAACACAACCAAGGCUGCAACCAAUAAAACUACAACGAAUAAAAGAAAGGCGGCAACUAAUAAAAUGAAAACAAAGAAGAAUAUUCAAAGUUUGACUCAGCUAGAAAGAGACCACGAUACAGAAUGCAUCAUUUGUGGAGAAACGUUCGAGGAAGAUUGGAUCCAGUGUCAUAGAUGCAAAGACUGGGCGCACGAAGCGUGUGUGGAUAUUGAUCCAUCGCUGGCUUACUACUAUUGUGACGUAUGCAAGGCUAAAGAACGAUUUGGUCAUCAGUAAUUCUAUGUCCGGGGCUACCCUCCAAAAAUUAUUUUAACAAAUAUUGAAGACUGCUUUUGAGACUUGAUUUAAGCUAAUAUAAUAAAACUAUCAGUUUCUAACUUAAUUAAUAUUAUAAGAUAUAUGUUUAGUUUAAGUUAAAGUUUAAAAAUAAAUGUUUAUUUCGGUUGAUUUUCAAGA